AUGGCCUCGACAAGUCUCUCCCGCCGCCUGCCCACGUCUCUCCUUCGCAACUCCCUCUCGCUCUUCACACGCCGCUUCACCUCCGACCUCUCCCAUCUCAACGCCGAGCUCUGCGCCCGCAAAAUCCCCCUGAUCUACGACUCUCUCGCCCCCGACAACUCGCAUAAACUCCAGAUCGCCCUCAGCGCCUGUCUGCCAUCCCACUGGACAAACACAACAGCGUUCCCUCCACCGCUACCACCCGCCGACGCCGACGCCGACGCCGACGCGCCGCCUGCUGGUGCUGCUGCAGAGCUGCUCCCACCAGCACACCAUCUGGUCUACUUCAACCCUGCCAUUCCCGCGGAUCGCUUGCUGGCCGAUGGCACAGACCCACUGCAAAGUCCCGGCCCGCCAUUUGUGCGGCGCAUGUGGGCGGGCGGGUAUCUGAAUUUUGGCAAGGGUGGCCCGCGGCUCAGGUUUGCGGGCUGUUCCGGGCAUCAUGCGCAGCCACCGGGGGUGUGUCUCGAGGGGAUCAGGGAUGUGCGAGUCAAGGGCAAGGACGGGGAGGAGAAGGUGUUUGUGGGCAUCGAGAGGCGGUUUGGGAGUGGGCGGCGGCGGGUGCCAGGCGAGGGUGAGGAUGAGAUCAGGCAGCGGUUGUGGAGGGAGACUGAGGAGGAUUUGGGCGAGGCGGAGUUGGUUGAGCGGAGGAACAUUGUGUUCAUGAGAGAGAGGAGUCCUGAGGAGGCGAGGAAGGCUAGUGAGACUAAGACUACCAAGAUAUUGAGAGCACAACAUGCCCCUGACUUUUCGUAUGCCUUCACGCCGACGCCUGCGCUGCUCUUCCGCUACUCUGCCCUCACGUUUAAUGCACACCGCAUACAUCUCGACCCUCAAUACUGUCGUGAAGUAGAAGGCCAUCGCGACUUGCUCUUCCAUGGCCCGCUAUCCCUCACGCUUCUGAUGACGCAAUUAGAGGCACAGCUUCAGGGUACAGGAAAAGCAAUUGAGUUUUUCGAGUAUCGCAACCUCGCGCCGUUGUACUGUAAUGAGGAGGUCAAGGUAUGCGGCAAGGAUCUGGGAGAUGGCAAGUACGAGCUGUGGGCAGAAAAUGCAGAAGGAGCGCUGAGUGUGAAGGGGACAGCGAGAGCGGGAAACAAGCAAUAA